GGGAGGUAAAGAUGAAGACAAAGAUCCUUCCUUUCCUUGGGUUAUUAUAUGUUGCAUGUUCUUGUGCUUUCCCAGUGGUUCUAGAAAAGGAAAAAGAAGAUAUGCAAUUUGCUAAGAAAUAUCUGGAAAAUUUUUAUGAUUUUAAAGAAGAGAAAAAUUCUCUCUUUAAAUCAAAGAAUCUUGAUCUCAUGGCUGACAAAAUCCGAGAAAUGCAGUCAUUCUUUGGACUAGAGGUUACUGGGGAGCUGAACCCUAAGACACUGGACAUGAUGAAGCAGCCUAGAUGUGGAAUACCAGACGUCCGUUCAUACAGCACCUUCCCACAGAGCCCUAGGUGGAAGAAAGAUGAUGUGACAUACCGGAUUUUGAACUACACUCCAGACAUGCUACAAGCUGAUGUAGAGGAAGCAAUUGCAAAAGCCUUUCAGCUCUGGAGCAGUGUCACCCCUUUGAGAUUCACCAGGCUCUACAGUGGUCAAGCAGAUAUAAUGAUCUCCUUUGCAGCUGGAUUUCAUGGUGACUUCUAUUCCUUCGAUGGUCCAGGAGGAACUCUGGCUCAUGCCUACCCCCCCAGCAGUGGGAUAGGAGGAGAUGCCCACUUUGAUGAAGAUGAAAACUGGACCAAAUUUACUACCUAUAAUGGAUAUAACUUAUUUCUUGUUGCUGCUCAUGAGUUGGGCCACUCACUAGGCCUUGGUCAUUCCAAUGUCUUUGGUGCUUUGAUGUAUCCUAUAUACAUGGCAAAGGAUACGAGGGACUACAGGCUUCCUCAGGAUGAUAUUGAUGGCAUUCAGGCCCUCUAUGGACGCCCCAGGGAAUCUCCUGCAUUUCCAACAAAAGCUUUUCCCCCACAAGAACCAACUGAAAUGACACCUUCAGAAGCAACAACUGAACUGUCACCCCCCGAAGAACCAACACCCUCCAAAACCCCCACAAGACCAGAGGACUGUGACCCUCAUUUGACUUUUGAUGCUAUCACCACUCUCCGUGGGGAAAUACUAUUCUUCAAAGACAGCUAUGUCUGGCGCAAAAGUCCGUAUUUCUCAGGCAUUGAGCAUGACACCAUCUCCUCAUUCUGGCCGUCACUGGCAGCUGGAUUUGAUGCUGCUUAUGAGGUUGACAAGAAAGAUCGAGUGAUAUUUUUUAAAGAUGACCAGUACUGGGCUGUCAGUGGCUACAAUAUAGAGCCAGGCUUCCCCAAGCCUAUUCAGAACCUGGGCUUCCCCACCACUGUUGGGAAAAUUGAUGCAGCUGUUCAUGAUCAAAGUACCAGGAAAACCUAUUUAUUUGUAGGCAACAAGUACUGGAGUUUCAAUGAAAAUACCCAAGCAAUGGAAAGGGGAUAUCCAAGAAAAAUAGCGGUUGACUUCCAAGGAAUUGGCCAUACAGUUGAUGCUGCCCUUCAAAAAAAUGGACAUUUCUACUUUUUCCAUGGAUCAAAUCAGUAUGAGGUUGACAUCAAGAACAAGAAACUCAUCCGUAUAAUGAAGAGCAACAGCUGGUUUAAUUGCUAGAAAUAUUAAGUGAUGGUGCAAGGCUGUAUUUGUACCAGAAAUGUUUUUUUAUGUUCCUUGGUUAUAAACAAUAUCACUCAGCUGUUACUGUGCAUCCGAGUCUGAAAUGACGGCCUUUGAUAAAUCUAAUUUAAAACCUUAAAAAUGUAAAACUUAAUGUACAGGUUUAAUUUAUUUUGUUUUCCAACUAUUUAUUAAUCAAGCUGUUUUUGAGUAAUAAAGUAUUUUGCUCAAGUAUAGU